AUGGCCAGCUUCAUGGCGAACCUCCUCGACCGGGCCAACACGGCCGUCUCGCGUCCCGAGACACCGACCAAGAACAACUUCCUCACACCCACGAGCACGCCCCAGGGCAGCCCGAGCAAAAAGACGCUGCCACCGGGCGCGUACGAAGUUGGGACCGCACAGGACAACAGCGGCAUGGCCAGCGGGCCGAAACAGAGCAACAUCAUCGUGCCCAUCCCGAGCCUCUUUGACAACGCUGUGCGUCUCGGCCGGCCGCAGACGUCGGGCGCGGGCAGUGCCUCCAACAACACAAACACCCCUACGACUGGAUCCAGCCAACCUUUGUCGCCCUCCAAGGGCAACAGCCUGCAGCCGCACCAGCAGCUCCUCGAAGAUCCAUUUGCCAUCGAUGAUAGCGUCGUCCACAAGAAGUCGGCUGUUUCACCUGCCAACAAGGAGAACAAGGCCGUCGGCAGCAAGGGCGAGACACACGUGGGCGUCACGUCUUCCGCCUCGCCCGCAUUGGCAACAGUCGAUGCCGGUGCGGGUGCGGGUGCGGACGCGUCCUCGGAGCACAAGGGCAAGGAAAACCUGCAACCUUCAACGCGUCUGCCGGUGCCCACCGACGCGGCCAGCCAGCAGCAGCAGCAGCAACAGCAACUCCACCAGGGCCAUGCCGCCGCCACGCGGCACGAGCUCUACCAGCAGCCCACCCGCGAGCGGCCCAACACACCCAACGUCAAGAAGUUCAACACCUCGCGCGGCCUGACGCCCGAGGAGCUCGAGAUCCUCAAGCGGCCCAACGUGCGGCGUCUCGUCAACGUGACGCAGCUCUACUUCCUCGACUACUACUUCGACUUGCUGACCUACGUCGGGUCCCGCCAGGGCCGCCUCAACGCAUUCAAGUCCGAGAUCCCUGCACCCCCCGAAACCGACGAGGCGACGUACCACCAGAUGUGGCACAAGUACACAGGCCGCGAGCGGGCCAACCUCCGCAAGCGCCGCAUCCGCCUGCGUCACGGGGACUUCCAGAUCCUGACGCAGGUCGGCCAGGGCGGCUACGGCCAGGUGUUUUUGGCGCAGAAGAAGGACACCCGCGAGGUCUGCGCUCUCAAAGUGAUGAGCAAGAAGCUGCUGUUCAAGCUCGACGAGGUGCGCCACGUGCUGACAGAGCGCGACAUUCUGACCACGGCCAAGAGCGAGUGGCUGGUGCGGCUGCUCUACUCCUUCCAGGACGAAGCCAGCAUCUACCUGGCGAUGGAAUACGUGCCUGGCGGCGACUUCCGGACGCUGCUUAACAACACGGGUGUCCUCUCCAACCGCCACGCCCGCUUCUACAUUGCCGAGAUGUUCUGCGCCGUGGAUGCCCUGCACCAGCUGGGCUACAUUCACCGCGAUCUCAAGCCCGAGAACUUUUUGGUCGACUCGACCGGCCACGUCAAGCUGACCGAUUUCGGUCUGGCGGCCGGUUUCCUCGCACCAGCCAAGAUUGAGUCGAUGCGCGUGCGCCUCGAGCAGGCGUCGGAGACGUCGGUUCCGUUUGGCAAGCCGAUGGAGCAGCGCACCAUGGCCGAGCGUCGCGAGGGCUACCGGACGAUGCGUGAUAAGGACACCAACUACGCCAAGAGCAUUGUGGGCUCGCCGGACUACAUGGCGCCCGAGGUGCUGCGGGGCGAAGAGUACGACUUCACGGUCGACUACUGGAGCCUGGGCUGCAUGCUGUUUGAGGCGCUGACGGGAUUCCCGCCGUUUGCGGGUGCGACGCCCGACGAGACGUGGCGCAACCUGAAGCACUGGCGCGACGUGCUCAAGCGGCCGGUGUGGGAGGACCCCAACUACUUUUUGAGCAACCGGACGUGGAACUUUAUCACCACGUGCAUCAACGCGCGGUCGAAGCGCUUCUCGCGCAUCGACGACAUCUACCAGCACCACUACUUUUCCGAAGUCGAGUGGGAGACGCUGCGGUCCAGCAAGGCGCCAUUUGUGCCGGAGCUCGACUCGGAGACCGACGCCGGCUACUUUGACGACUUUACGAACGAGGCCGACAUGGCCAAGUACAAGGAGGUGCACGACAAGCAGACGGCGCUGGAGUCCAUGGCGGACCGGGAGGAGUCCAUGGGCAAGGGCCUGUUUGUUGGCUUCACGUUCCGGCACCGGAAAACGGGCCCGGCCACUGCGGACGAGGGCGAGAAGCCUGGAGGCGGCGGUGGUGGCAGCAGCAGUCCUCGCAAGCCGCUGACAAAUGACACCUUUGGCGUGCCGCUGGAUACGGGCGCCGCCGAGACCUAUGGUACGAUGUUAACCAGCACCAAGACCAAGACCAGCAGCGCCUCCGCCGGCACCGUGGCCGCAACAACCCGGCCGGUUUCGCAAUUCUAUCUGCAAAAUUACUUGCACCCCGGUGGUACCUCUUACGCUUCGGCACCUGGAGCCUUUCCGGGCCAUUUGGCCUUUCCCAAUGACUAUGUCCAGCAGGGACAGCAGGGACCGCAGCGACACCAUGAGAAACAACAGCAAAAGCAACAGCAGGAACACCAAACAUGGUCCUCUGGUGCCAUGCAAGACCCAUGGGGUGUUGCCGACAAUGCCAGGCCCUCCCUCGCCAAGGAUGUGUCGAGCGUCAUGGGGAAAUCGAGCAACCCAAGAAAGGGUCCGUAA